CUGCGCUGCGUGCUCCGCCGAGGUGGUAGCGGUGGCCCUUGAACAAGUGAGUGAGUCUUGGAGACCCUCUCCGCUGGAGACGGCGCGCUCUGGGACUCCCAAAAUCCUCGAGGAGGCGUGGGGGCGAGGCGCCAUUCGCCCACAGGGAAACUGAGGCCCACGGGGCGGUCGGGCCCCUCCUCAUCAGCGUCUCCACACAGACACCAUGGCCGAGCCCCUAAAGGAAGAAGACGGCGAGGAUGGCUCUGGGGAGCCGCCCGGGCCGGUGAAAGCAGAACCCGCCCACACCGCUGCCUCGGUCGCGGCCAAGAACCUGGCCCUGCUCAAAGCCCGCUCCUUUGAUGUGACCUUUGACGUGGGGGACGAGUACGAGAUCAUUGAGACCAUAGGCAACGGGGCCUACGGGGUGGUGUCCUCUGCUCGCCGCCGCCUCACGGGCCAGCAGGUGGCCAUCAAGAAGAUCCCGAAUGCUUUUGAUGUGGUGACCAAUGCCAAACGGACCCUCAGGGAACUCAAGAUCCUCAAACACUUCAAGCAUGACAAUAUCAUCGCCAUCAAGGACAUCCUGAGGCCCACUGUGCCCUAUGGAGAGUUCAGAUCUGUCUAUGUGGUGCUGGACCUGAUGGAGAGCGACCUGCACCAGAUCAUCCACUCCUCACAGCCGCUCACUCUGGAGCAUGUGCGCUAUUUCCUGUACCAGCUGCUUCGGGGCCUCAAGUAUAUGCACUCAGCUCAGGUCAUUCACCGUGACCUCAAGCCCUCCAACCUGUUGGUGAAUGAGAACUGUGAGCUCAAGAUCGGUGACUUUGGUAUGGCCCGUGGCCUGUGUACUUCCCCUGCCGAGCAUCAGUACUUCAUGACCGAGUAUGUGGCCACUCGCUGGUACCGCGCCCCUGAACUCAUGCUUUCCCUGCAUGAGUACACGCAGGCUAUUGACCUCUGGUCUGUGGGCUGCAUCUUUGGUGAGAUGCUGGCCCGGCGCCAGCUCUUCCCAGGCAAAAACUAUGUGCACCAGCUACAGCUGAUCAUGAUGGUGCUGGGUACUCCAUCCCCAGCUGUGAUUCAGGCUGUGGGAGCUGAAAGGGUGCGGGCCUAUAUCCAGAGCCUGCCACCACGCCAGCCUGUGCCAUGGGAGACUGUGUACCCAGGUGCUGAUCGUCAGGCCCUCUCACUGUUGGGCCGAAUGCUACGUUUCGAACCCAGCGCCCGCAUCUCAGCAGCUGCUGCCCUUCGCCACCCUUUUCUGGCCAAGUACCAUGACCCUGAUGAUGAGCCUGAUUGUGCCCCACCCUUUGACUUUGCCUUUGACCGUGAAGCCCUUACUCGUGAGCGCAUUAAGGAGGCCAUUGUGGCGGAGAUUGAGGACUUCCAUGCUCGACGUGAAGGCAUCCGCCAACAGAUCCGUUUCCAGCCUUCCCUGCAGCCUGUGACCAGUGAGCCUGGCUGUCCAGACAUUGAGAUGCCCAGUCCCUGGGCUUCCAGUGGGGACUGUGCCAUGGAGUCACCGCCACCAGCCCCAGCCCCAUGCCCUGGCCCUGCUCCUGACACCAUUGAUCUGACCCUACAGCCUCCCCCACCAGCCAAUGAGCCUGCUCCACCGAAAAGAGAGGGUGCCAUCUCAGACAAUACCAAGGCAGCCCUCAAAGCUGCCCUGCUCAAGUCCUUGCGGAGCCGGCUCAGAGAUGGCCCCAGUGCACCCUUGGAGGCCCCUGAACCUCGGAAGCCUGUAACAGCCCAGGAGCGCCAGAGAGAACGGGAGGAGAAGCGCCGGAGGCGGCAAGAGCGAGCCAAGGAGCGGGAGAAGAGGCGGCAAGAGCGGGAGCGCAAGGAGAGGGGGGCUGGGGCCUUGGGAGGCCCCUCUACUGACCCUCUGGCCGGACUGGUGCUUAGUGACAAUGACCGAAGCCUUCUGGAGCGGUGGACUCGCAUGGCCCAACCCCCUGCCCCUGCCCCUGCUCCAGCUCCACCCCCUGCUCCAACCCCAACGCCACCCCCAGGGCAGUCCACUAGUCCUCCACCUGGCCCUGUAGCUCAGCACACUGGUCCUCCACUACAACCUUCAGGCCCCGCCCCUGGUCCUGCUCCCCAGCCUGCCUGCCCACCCCCUGGUCCUGCUCCCCAGCCUGCUGGCCCUCCUGGAUCUGUCACUGUACCUGCUCCACUCCAGACUGCUACCUCCACUAGCCUCCUGGCCCCCCAGUCGCUUGUGCCACCUCCUGGGUUGCCUUGCCCCAGCGCCCCAGGAGUUCUUCCUUACUUCCCAUCUGGCCCACCACCUUCAGAUCCUGGUGGGGCCCCUCAGCCUUCCACAUCAGAGUCACCUGAUGUCAGCCUGGUGACCCAGCAGCUGUCCAAGUCACAGGUGGAGGACCCCCUGCCCCCUGUGUUCUCAGGCACUCCAAAGGGCAGUGGGGCUGGCUAUGGUGUUGGCUUUGACCUGGAGGAAUUCUUAAACCAGUCUUUCGACAUGGGAGUGGCUGAUGGGCCACAGGAUGGCCAGGCAGACUCGGCCUCACUCUCAGCCUCCCUCCUUGCUGACUGGCUUGAGGGCCAUGGCAUGAACCCUGCUGACAUUGAGUCUCUGCAGCGUGAGAUCCAGAUGGAUUCCCCGAUGCUGCUGGCUGACCUGCCUGACCUCCAGGAGCCCUGAGGCCCACAGCUUGUGCCUUGCUGCCAGGGCGGACCCAGCUCCCAGGCCCAGGGGAGCAUUCCUGAGGGCUGCAAGCCCUUGACCCAGCAGGUGAGGCUCAGUUGGAUUAUUUUGCAGAUUCAUCUCAGACCCACCCUUCAGCCUUAAGUAGCCACCUGAGCCACCACCGAGCCAUGAACAGGACUGGGAGGCCCGACUACCCCUGGGCAGUCCUUUACAGUAUUGUAUUUUUAUUAUUAUUGUAAUAUUAUUAUGCAGUCUUUUUGCCAUCAAGAUGAGGCCUGUGAAAUAUAAGGUUCGCUUUUACAUCUGA